CCGCCCACCGCAGUCCGGAACCCGGAGCUGUGCUGGAGGUCGCGGAGCUCGAGGCCCUCGUCGCGUCCGUCUUCCAUGGCCGCCGCCGCGCUGCUCGCCCGGGCCUGUGGCCCGCUCUGCCGAGCUCUCCGUCCUCGGGAAUGGCGGAGGUUACACACUGUCUACCAGUCUGUGGAGCUGCCCGAGACACACCAGAUGUUGCGCCAGACAUGCCGUGACUUUGCUGAGAAGGAGCUGGUUCCUAUCGCAGCCCAACUGGACCGGGAGCAUCGCUUCCCGGCAGCUCAGGUGAAGAAGAUGGGUGAGCUCGGACUGCUGGCCAUGGACGUGCCUGAGGAGCUUGGCGGGGCGGGCCUCGACUACCUGGCCUACUCCAUCGCCAUGGAGGAGAUCAGCCGGGGCUGCGCCUCCACCGGAGUCAUUAUGAGUGUCAACAACUCUCUCUACUUGGGACCCAUCCUGAAGUUUGGUUCCCCGGAGCAGAAGCGGCAGUGGGUCGCCCCUUUCACCAGUGGUGAUAAAAUUGGCUGCUUUGCCCUCAGUGAACCAGGGAAUGGCAGCGACGCCGGAGCCGCCUCCACCACAGCCCGGGAAGAGGGAGACUCAUGGGUCCUCAAUGGCACCAAAGCCUGGAUCACCAACUCCUGGGAUGCCUCAGCCACCGUAGUCUUCGCCACCACGGACAAGUCCCUGAAGAACAAGGGUAUCAGUGCCUUCCUGGUUCCCAUGCCAACACCUGGGCUCACACUGGGCAAGAAGGAAGACAAGCUAGGCAUCCGGGCCUCAUCCACAGCCAACCUUAUCUUUGAGGACUGUCGCAUCCCCAAGGAGAACCUGCUGGGGGAGCCAGGGAUGGGCUUCAAGAUAGCCAUGCAAACCCUGGACAUGGGCCGCAUCGGCAUCGCCUCCCAGGCCCUGGGUAUUGCCCAGGCCGCUCUGGAUUGCGCAGUGGGCUAUGCUGAGAGUCGUGUGGCCUUUGGGGCGCCCAUCACCAAGCUCCAAGGCAUCCAGUUCAAGCUGGCAGACAUGGCUCUGGCCCUGGAGAGCGCCCGGCUGCUGACUUGGCGUGCUGCCAUGUUGAAGGACAAUAAGAAACCUUUUAUUAAGGAGGCAGCCAUGGCCAAGCUUGCCGCAUCAGAGGCUGCUACUGCCAUCAGCCACCAGGCCAUCCAGAUCCUGGGCGGCAUGGGGUACGUGACGGAGAUGCCCGCCGAGCGGCACUACCGCGACGCCCGCAUCACCGAGAUCUACGAAGGCACCAGUGAGAUCCAGCGGCUGGUGAUCGCGGGACACCUGCUGCGGAGCUACCGGAGCUGAGCCUUCCCAGUGAGCCGCCCUAUGGCCUGGGGGCCCAGGAGAAGGGCAGAGACACGUGGCCUUAACCUUGACGCCUGGUUAAACUUCGGGGAAGCCCCUCACCUCGACCCUGGCUCCCCCGUAAAACUGGGAGGGGCAAGACCAGCAGCCAUGUGUGACCUGCAGCCGAGGCCACCCAGCCUGCAGUUAGGACGCUACCUCGUCUCCACCCCUUCAACCAGGAGAGGACCGAGUGACCCCAGUGUCCCCCCAGAGCUGUUCCUGUGGCCCUGUCUGUGGUCAGGAGGAGGGAGUGCCCAGCGAGCCAGGCCUCAGUUGCAGUGUCUCAUUCGCAGGGCCCCAGUCUUGGCAAGGCUGGGGGCUGGGUUCUGGGCCCUCAGUAGAGGUUCAGUGGGUUCAGGUGUGCGGCCCGCCGCGCGCCGGUGGAAACCACCUGAAGCCAAUAAAGCGCCCUGUGGCCUAGCCUUG